GCAGUGGUGUGCGGGGCACGGAACUGACGACACGUUAGUGCGGUCUUGGCGCUCGGUUCGUUUGCAGCAAGGAGCAACUGUCUCGACCCUCCGUCGUCAGAACCAUGGAGCACAUGAGGAGGUCGGUGCCGGGCGGCUGGGAGCGGUACAGCAACAGCCCCUCUCCGCCCCGCUUCUCUCCCGGCCAGCUGUCUCCGGUAUCCCCGCAGCUGUCGCCGUCGCGCGAGCUGCCGCCGCUCUCCGAGAGCCAGCAGGCUGCCCUGGAGGAGAGUUUCCGUGCCAACCGUAACCCGCACGACAGUGACCUGAUGCUGCUGGCUGUCGAACAGGGCGUGGACGAGGCACAGAUCCGGCGCUGGUUCAGCCAUCGUCUGGCCUGUUGGAGACAGGAGCAAGGUCUGGAGCCCAACGGCCGACGGGUCGACAUGAUGUGAGCGCCGCCUGGUGGUGACCUCAACAACUACACCCCGGUGACUGGAACGGGGACAUGUGUCGCCUAUGACGGUGGCCCGUCGCGAUCAACAGGCGCGGCAAAAGAGAGACAUUGGCACUAACUGACCGCGACUGACCGCGCCGUCUGUGUUUGUUUGUCAUUCACGCGAAUAGUCUACGAUCUGAAGAAUCCUCUCAAGAUGGAGGAACGAUGGCAUGCCUCGCACCGGAGGCGCUAGUCUAGCAGCUCGUGGCGCGAGCUGGACCUUAUCCGUGGGAAGAAUCCUCCACAAGGCGCAGCUGAGUUUGUUGGCUGACCUCUAAAGACGUUGGGUUGGACGUCUGGGUCCGAUGGCAGAUCCCAAGGGCCCGGUCUUGGGGCGAUACAGGGGGAAGGGGCGGUACGAGGGGCAGUGUGAAGGGUGGCCUGUAAGACAGGCCAGGGUCACGACGGCUCGGCGAGCCACGAAAAAAACACGCGGCGUUGCGUCACGAUGUAGACAGCGCCGUGAUUACCGACCACGCGCCGUGAUUACCGCAGGAGAGCCGUGGUUUUCAUGUCGUGCGCCGUUAGGGUAAACGUUGCGCUGUAUGGAAUUUCAGCACUGUUUUAUUGUGUGUCGCGUUUCGUUGGAUCUGACUUCUGUUCGAACGAAAGUGGGUGAGAAGGGUAGAACAAUAGAACAUUAGGUCACGCUGCAUACAAAUUAUAUUGGCAAGUGAGAAAACAUGUCGCCUUUUGCACGCGUGACUGAAGAGUGAUUUGUUGAAUCAUGUGUUUUAGUUGUGUUGAGUGAGUGCUCAUGUUCACAUCGUCAUAGUAUUUUAUGUGUAUUAAAUAGACACCACAACACUACAGCACUAAUGUCAAAUUCCACACUGUGUAUACUCGUCGUCAUAAAUUAGUUCCAUUUAAGAUAUAAACAUUUAUAGAUAAGCUUGUAAAAAUAGCCGUAAGAAUAGCUGACAAGAUCUUUCGCCACUGACUCCCACCAUCGAACCUAAAACGAACAAAGUAAUGCCGACGCGUAUAGACGGAUGUCGUGCUUUUACAUAUAAAGGCACAGAUCGAAUCGUUAAGUAAUGGCUUUAACUGCACGUUUGUGUGCGUGUCUGCGGCGGUGUGUGUAUGUUUGUGACGGGUCGCGAAUACAUGAGUGUCAUCAG